GAAUUCUUCUACUUUAAAUAAGAGAUGUUGAUUCAGCCAAGAUGACCUUUCCUAAAGGCUUUUGUGAUAGUUUCUAUUGUGGUCGGAGAGAGCGCAAACUCCAGAAAUAGCGGCAGUACCUGGGAGGUUUGGAGGCUAAUUACAUGGUAGCACAAGCAGCAUUAGAUCAUUAGUUCGUGGAGAACUUUAGAAAUCUAAGUUGUAACUACUUCCAUUAAAAUUAGGAAAAAUAUCCCAAGAAGUUGUGUAGUUACUGAUGGAAAUUGAAAAUAUGUCCUCAUAAUUUUUCUCUAAGUAAAUUCUCAAUUGUAAGCGAAAAAGUGUUGUAUCGACUUGAAAUUGAAUUUAAAUUUACAUUUCCAUUUAUCAAUGGUUCAAUUCACUAAAACCAGAGGACUAACUUGCUUGGUCGCUAUACUGUUAAACGUGGGCUCUUUGGCGCAGAAGAAGAAAAUGCAAAAUGUGAGAGCUAAUGGUCAAUGUUGUAAUGAGUUCUGGCACAGUCAAAUACAUAAGAAGGAAGUGCUAAGUCGACAUUUAUUCCUAAACGAGAUUCUUUGCACAUAGGAAAUUUCCAGUACAUCUAUAUAUUCAUCAAUUGAUCUCGGAUGAAAGGUAAAUCUUUGGAAGUUGAGGUAGACUAUUGUGAUAUAAACGUAGAAAAGGUUUGAAUGGAAGUCGUCAUCGACGUUAACUCUGUAGUAUUAUUUAAUGGAGGAUAUUGCGUAGCUUCAAAUGUUAGAUGCUCACCUCUAAUAACCUUAGUUGGCGCCAUUGGAACUACGAUCAAUAUUUUGCACCCAUUCAACCAACCAGAAAAAAAACAUACGUUCCCAAGUCUUGCAUAAGAAGGUUGCCCCAGCAAGUGGUGGACCUUCUGUUUCUAAUGUAUGCAAUAUUCAACGUGAAAGCUCUAUGAUGUAAUUUGUAUCUUCAACCGAGGUAUUCGCUAAAGGAAAUGUUCCGAUAACUAUCCAGAAACAUGACAGAUGCACAGAAAUCGCGUGCGUUUCUUUUCCGGAACAUUCAGACUUUAUCCGAAAUUGGAAAUUUCUUUUUGCGCAGCAUCGGACUGAAGAACCAAUAUGCCGGCUUUCCCCGAAACAUGACAGUUAGACCAGCUUUACAAUUCCGGAUGUGAAAGUCACCCCAUAUACCAGCAAACAUUCAGGAUGCUUGGAACAUGUAACGUACAGAUCAGUUGGCUCAGAUGCAAAGACAAACUGGGAGCAGUGCAAAAGGCAACUGUGGUUUUUCCGUCAUGGAAGGGGAUCCAGGUCCAUGCUGCACGAAAUUUAGGUGCCAGUCCUAUUCAAAAGCAGAUUUCAAUGAGUAACUCUUGAGAAAUUCAUUGAAGCAUAUCGAAGUAUCUCCUAGUACAACAUCAAUGUAGUUGCGAGAAAAAAAUUGGGUUAGCCUCAUUGCAAAUUGAAAAUCUUUUCCGAAUUGGGGGCGCAGAGAUGUCAUUUGCGCAUGUCACUAAGAUUAUUUUUUGGGUAUUUUCCGGCUUAAGAAUUUUACCUCAGCCAUCAAUCAAAUAUUGCAGCCAUCAAAUUGAGUAUAAAUAUCGACAGGAAUAAACCCUAUUUUGCAACCUAUUUACUUUUCUCUUCUCAUCAUCACACAUUAUUCAAUACAAUGUCCUCACAAGAUUUACCCUCGGGUGCUCAAACCCCAAUCGAUGGUUCUUCCAUCCUCGAAGAUAAAGUUGAGCAAAGUUCGUCCUCAAAUAGCCAAAGUGAUUUAGCUUCCAUUCCAGCAACAGGUAUCAAAGCCUAUCUCUUGGUUUGUUUCUUCUGCAUGUUGGUUGCCUUUGGUGGAUUCGUAUUCGGUUUCGAUACCGGUACAAUUUCCGGUUUCCUUAAUAUGUCUGAUUUCCUUUCCAGAUUUGGUCAAGAUGGUUCUGAAGGAAAAUAUUUGUCUGAUAUCAGAGUCGGUUUGAUUGUUUCCAUUUUUAACAUUGGUUGUGCAAUUGGUGGUAUUUUCCUUUCUAAGAUAGGAGAUGUUUACGGUAGAAGAAUUGGUAUCAUUUCAGCUAUGGUUGUCUACGUCGUCGGUAUUAUCAUCCAGAUCUCGUCCCAAGACAAGUGGUACCAACUUACAAUUGGACGUGGAGUUACAGGAUUAGCUGUUGGUACUGUUUCAGUGUUGUCUCCAAUGUUCAUUAGUGAAAGUGCUCCAAAGCAUUUGAGAGGUACUUUGGUAUACUGUUACCAAUUAUGUAUCACCUUAGGUAUUUUCAUUGGUUACUGUGUCACUUAUGGAACCAAAGAUUUAAAUGAUUCAAGACAAUGGAGAGUUCCUUUGGGUUUAUGUUUCCUUUGGGCUAUUUUCUUAGUUGUCGGUAUGUUGGCUAUGCCUGAAUCCCCAAGAUUCUUAAUUGAAAAGAAGAGAAUCGAAGAAGCCAAGAAGUCCCUUGCAAGAUCCAACAAGUUAUCUCCAGAAGAUCCAGGUGUCUACACUGAAGUUCAAUUGAUUCAGGCUGGUAUUGACAGAGAAGCUGCUGCAGGUUCUGCUUCAUGGAUGGAAUUGAUCACUGGUAAGCCAGCUAUUUUCAGAAGAGUUAUCAUGGGAAUUAUCUUACAGUCUUUGCAACAAUUAACUGGUGUCAACUAUUUCUUCUAUUACGGAACUACAAUCUUCCAAGCUGUUGGUUUGCAAGAUUCCUUCCAGACUUCCAUCAUCUUAGGUACAGUCAACUUUCUUUCUACAUUUGUUGGUAUUUGGGCCAUUGAAAGAUUUGGAAGAAGACAAUGUUUGUUAGUCGGUUCUGCUGGUAUGUUCGUUUGUUUCAUCAUUUACUCCGUUAUUGGUACAACUCAUUUGUUCAUUGAUGGAGUAGUAGAUAACGACAACACCCGUCAACUGUCUGGUAAUGCUAUGAUCUUUAUCACUUGUUUGUUCAUCUUCUUCUUUGCCUGUACAUGGGCUGGAGGUGUUUUUACCAUCAUUUCCGAAUCAUAUCCAUUGAGAAUCAGAUCCAAGGCAAUGUCUAUUGCUACUGCUGCUAACUGGAUGUGGGGCUUCUUGAUUUCCUUCUGCACUCCAUUCAUUGUUAAUGCCAUCAACUUCAAGUUCGGCUUUGUGUUUACUGGUUGUUUACUCUUUUCGUUCUUCUAUGUCUACUUCUUUGUCAGCGAAACCAAAGGUUUGUCGUUGGAAGAAGUUGAUGAGUUGUACGCUGAAGGUAUUGCACCAUGGAAGUCUGGUGCAUGGGUUCCUCCUUCUGCCCAACAACAAAUGCAAAACUCCACUUAUGGUGCCGAAGCAAAAGAGCAAGAGCAAGUUUAGCUUUACGAUUAAUGUUUUUCUCCCCUGCAUGACUUUUUAACGUUUAGAAUAUAGACACUAUAGAUUUACAAAAAGGUUAUACCUUUAAAUGAACUUUUAUGAUGAAGAUUGAUACACUAUAAACCAAGAACUGUAAUAAGGUCAUUUGUUUUUGUACUACUGAUAGAUUCAAGUACUCCGAAUUAACGUAUUCUAAACCAUAUCUAUUUCAUUUUCUAAAUUCCAGUCCAGAGGCAUUGGUUGUCAAUAUAGAUGGAUUCGGUUUGAGAGAUAUUCAGACUACUAUUUCCAACAUGGACCUUGUAAUUUCCUUUUUGAAGGGACCACUGAUUCUGAUAUUCAUCAAAGAAGGAAAAUGUAUCCUUGACAAGAAUUC